AUGGAAGUGGAACUUGCGUACGUGGUUUCGAUCCUCGUGGUACUUGGUUUCGUGUACCGAUGGUUGAACAAAAAUCAAGAUUAUUUCCGCGACAAACCGAUUCCGGCGCUUCCGAUUGCACCGAUCCUCGGUAGCACCGGAUCCCUGCUGCUCAAGCAGGUUUCGUUACCCGACUUCAUCAAGCCCCUUUACGAUAAAUAUACGGGAUCAAAAGUUGUUGGUUUGUUCGACACCAAUAUUCCGAUGUACGUGCUACGGGAUCCGGAGUUGAUUAAAAAAAUCGGAGUGAAGGAUUUUGACCACUUCAUGGACCAUCGACCGUUGUUCGGCAAAAACCAUGCCGAUAAUUCCGAAAUGAUGUUCCCGAAAACGUUGUUUGCGUUGAACGAUCAGAAGUGGAGGAGCAUGCGGGCGACACUGAGCCCAGCCUUUACGGGGUCAAAAAUGCGUCAAAUGUUCGAUUUGGUUCGGGAGUGUUGUGAAAGUAUGGCCAAAUUUUAUCGGGACGAGAUUGGCACAAAGCCAGGGCAAGAGUAUGAGAUGAAGGAUGUGUUUUCCCGAUUUACGAAUGAUGUGAUUGCCACCACUGCAUUCGGCAUUAAGGUGGAUUCCUCGAAACACCGCGACAACGAAUUCUACGCGCAGGGAAAGAAAAUGAUGAAAUUUGAUCGCCUAUCGGUGGCACUGCGCAUUCUCGGGUACAGACUGAUUCCGUCACUGAUUGGUCCUUUUGGGUUGGACAUUAUCGAUCAUGAGCAGAGGAAUUAUUUUUCUUCGCUUAUUAAGGAAGCCGUGAAGGCACGUGAAACUCAGAAAAUCGUUCGACCUGAUAUGAUUAAUCUGCUGAUACAAGCUAGAAAGGGAUUACUUCAACAUCAGAAGGAAUCCGAACAGAAUGAAGGAUUUGCUACGGUUGAAGAAUCGGAUGUGGGAAAAGUGCGUGUCUCGCAACAAAUGACAGAAAAUGAGAUGAUAGCUCAAUGUUUGAUCUUCUUCCUGGCUGGGUUUGAUACGGUGUCAACCUGUUUAACAUUCCUGAUGUACGAGCUAACUCUAAAUAGAGAUGUUCAAGAUAAACUGUAUGAGGAAAUCAUGGAGACGCAUCAAUCCUUGGAUGGAAAGCCUCUAAGCUAUGAUACUUUACAGAAGAUGAAGUACAUGGAUAUGGUUGUGUCCGAAGGGCUUCGGAUCUGGCCUCCGGUGGCGGCAAUGGACCGGUUGUGCGUUCGAGACUACGUGUUGGAAGAUGGUGAAGGAUUGAGGUUUACCAUCGACAAGGGUGCUGGAAUUUGGCUUCCAAUCCAUGGUCUGCAUCAUGAUCCGAAGUACUAUCCAUCGCCGGAGAAGUUCCUGCCGGAACGGUUCAGUGAUGAGAACAAGUCAAACAUCAACCUUGGCGCUUAUUUACCGUUCGGAAUUGGACCACGGAACUGUAUCGGAUCGAGAUUCGCUCUGAUGGAAGUGAAAGCAAUAGUGUACCACAUGUUGAAGAGCUUUACCUUCGAAAGAACUCGCAACACGGAAGUACCUUUAACUCUCACAAAAGGAUUCUCCGGAACGUUGGCCGAGAACGGUGUUUUUGUUGAAUUUAGACCGCGGAUUUUGAAUGCAAGUGCUUAA